AUGAAAAUUAAAACAAGUCCGAUACUAUUAAUAAGGACUCUGUUACAAACAUUAUUGUUAUGUCAGCUAAUUAAGUCAGAGCAGGUUAAUGAUAGCAAUUAUAUUAAUCAAAUAAUAACCAAAACGCAAACAUUUUAUUUUACUGCUAGCUGGAAAAAUGUAACUUUUCAUGAUGAGGAUGGAAAAACUAAAAUAAAGGAAAUGAUUGCAUUUAACGAUCAAUGGCCAUUACCAGAGAUUCAUGUAUCAAAGGGAGAUAGAAUACAAAUAUAUUUAACUAACGCAUUCCAAGAUGAUACUCCAACUUCUUUACAUUUCCAUGGCCUUUUCCAUAAUAUAGAGAAUGGUGGAUCAAAUCAAAUGGAUGGUGCAUCUAUGGUAACACAAUGCCCUAUCAUACCGGGUCAAACCUAUCUGUAUAAUUUUAGUGUACCAAAUCAAAUAGGUACAUAUUGGUAUCAUGCCCAUUAUGGAGCUCAGUAUGGUGAUGGGAUGCGUGGUGCUUUCAUUGUUCAUGAUCCAGAUAUCCCAUUCCAAUAUGAUGAUGAUAUCACCAUUACUUUAGCAGAUUUGUACUACAAAGAUUAUAAAAGUACAGAAAAAGAGUUUUUAAGCAGAUAUAAUCCUACUGGUGCAGAACCUGUGCCACAACAUCUUUUAUUUAAUGAUACUUUUCAUGGUGAAUUACAUUUCCAACAAAAUAAAACGUAUCUCUUAAGGUUCAUUAAUACUGGGUUAUUUGUUUCCCAAUAUAUUAUGCUAGAAGAUCAUGAUUUUACUAUUGUCGAAGUUGAUGGGUCUUAUGUGAAACCUAAUGUCACUAAUAUUCUUUAUCUUGCAGCAGGACAAAGAAUGUGUGCUUUGGUUCGUUCAAAAUCUUUCAAUAACAAGAACUCAAAAGAAUCCAUUAGAAACUAUGCAUUAAUGCAAAUAAUGGAUGAUACAAUGUUAGAUGUGAUCCCAAAGGGAUUACAAUUAAAUAUUACUAAUGAUUUGAUCUAUGAUGAGACAUUACCAAAGGCUAAGUCUUUAUAUUUAGAUGAUACUGAAAAAAAUCCAUGGUUUGAAAAUAUUUAUAAACAUGCAACUAAUGACUUUUAUUUAAAACCUUUGAAUGAGGAUAAACUUUACUCUAAGUAUGAUAAACAAAUUGUCUUAAAUGUUAGAAUGAGGAAUUUAGGUGAUGGCGUAAAUUAUGCUUUUUUCAAUAAUAUCACGUACGUACUACCAAAGGUACCUUUUUUAACGUCAGUUGUUACCUCGGGAAAAUUAACAAUGGAUCCAAGGAUAUACAGUGAUAAUUCAAAUGUUUUUAUACUUAAUAGAGAUGAAAUUAUUGAGAUUGUUUUGAAUAAUUAUGAUACUGGUAGACAUCCGUUUCAUCUACAUGGACAUAAGUUCCAAGUGGUACAAAAAUCGCCACCAUUUAAUGAAUCCUUAGAUACUACUGUCCCACAAGAACUAUUAACUGUACCAUAUGAUGAGAAUCACCCAUUAGUAGAAUAUCCAGACACACCGAUCCUUAGAGAUACAGUGAUAUUAGAACCUAAUGGCCAUGUUGUGAUAAGAUUUAAAGCUGAUAAUCCAGGUGUUUGGAUGUUUCAUUGUCAUGUUGAUUGGCAUUUACAACAGGGUCUUGCAGCUAUUAUGGUAGAAGAUCCAAUAACUUUACAAUCUAUUGAAAUUUUAGGUGAAAAUUAUAAAGAGAUAUGUCAAGCUGCCAUAAUUCCUAAUAAAGGGAAUUCUGCAGGACAUUCUGAUGACUGGUUCAAUUUGGAUGGAUUAAGACGGCAACCAAAACCAUUACCAGAAGGAUUUACAUUUAAAGGUUAUUUUGCCAUGUUUUUAUGCACGAUAAUUGCAUUAUGGGGAUUAUGGUCAAUAAUACAGUUUGGUUUAUCUGAAGUUAUCCCUAAUGAUGAAGAAAUUUAUAACAAGUUAACUCAAAAGUUAAAAGAAAAUAAUAUUUCUUAUCAAUAA